UGAAUAUUUUUAGAUUUAAGUAAAAUAUAAAAAAUAUUUAAAUUUACAAUUCUGAUUUGCUUGAGUGAGAAAUGCUUAGCCUAUAAAGGAUGAUUCCAAAUCUGAAAUAUACAAAAUGUAAUUUAUAUGAAUUAAGCUAAUAAUUCUAACUCUGUCCUAAUUUACAAUGUAUCUAGGUUCCUUGGUAACUGAAACAAAUACUUUUAGUGUGUAGUUUCAGACAAUAAUAAUACAUUUUUGGUGUUAAUGAAGCUUAAAUCUAUGACCUCAUGUAAUCUAAUCAAAUGUCUGACAAGACAAACUCUAAUGACCUUAACAAUAAUAAUACCUUUAUUUAAUACACAUUAGUAUUAAUUCGGUUUGACUCAAAAUUAUUUUUUUAGUGUAAUUUUAGUGCACAAUUAAUGCAAAAAUUUUCACACUAUCAACCAAUUAAAAUAUAUUGCAAAUAUACUUUUUAUCAGUUAUUACAAAAAUCAAAGAUUCUUGCAUAUAUGACAAUAUUAUAUAUGAUUAGAUGAAACUGUAAAAAAAAUAUUUAGUAUUUAAAUUAAAAUUAUUAUUUCAUUUUAUAAGGAAGUAUAUAUAUAUUGUCAUUGAGCUUGACCUUGAAGAAAAGGUAAGUUUUCUUUUUCCCUGUGAAAGAAAAGCUCAUUCAGUUUCUAUGUUUAACUCAGUUCUAGCCCACGUACCUAUCACCCUUCUUUCCAAUACGACCAAACCAUAAUCUAUUUCAUUUUCUUUUAUAUAAUUUUUUGAAAGCUUGCAAACAAAAUUUUGUGAUUAAAUAAUAUCAAUAAUAUCUUGUCAGUUAUUUAAGUAAUUUGAACAAUAACAUUCUCUACAUACACAAGUAAUGAGAAAUUAAUGGGAUUUCUUGCUGUUUCAUUAUUGCGUAGAAUAAUCUUCAUGGCAGAGAAAUCUCAUCUACCAAGAUAUUAAAUUCCAUAUAAUAAUGUUAUUGAUAAUGUUUCGAUAAAGAUGUAGUCAACGGGUGUACCUUACAUCUCUAAAAACAUCAUAAAUUACUAAUGCUGAGGAAAUCAUCAAUUUCGAAUAAUUAAUUUAAAAUUGAUUUAGUUGAUAUCUUUUGUGUUUUUCUUCUUUCUUUACAUAAUGUCCAUCACUUUUUGAGUUUUAAGUAGUAGCAUGACCUGCCAUCUACACUUCGCAUUUUGCUGUGAUGGUAAUUACAUUAAGAAUAUGUAUUAUUCUUAGAACAUAGCAUACUGUAUUAUACGCUGCUGUAUGAGUUUGGCAGGAUAAAAUUCACUUCAACUUAGCUCAAAUAAAAGAUUUGAGUUAAAAAAAGAAAACAACUAACAGAUACCUACGAAGUCAUACAAAAGUUUAAACCCCCCAAAAUGUGAUACAAGUGGGACAAAAUAAAAAGUAAUAGUUGCAGCAACGGUAAAAAAAAAAAAAGUUUACACCUUUAUACUAAAUUAAAAAGAAAUAAUUCAAGAUCCUAAUAAAAAGAAAUAAUUAAGGGAAAUAAUUCAACAAAUUUAUGUUGAAGAAAUUAGGAUUUUAUUAGAGUAUCAUUAUUAUCAAUGUGCAACAUCAUCCAUUAUUUUAAUCCAUAAGAGUAAUAUCCUGACUCGAAGCAUCGUGUUUGGAUGAUCUUUGACCACAGCAAGAUUCUUAUAAAGCUCUCAAUAUGUAUUAUAUGCCAAUAUGAAUACAGAUUGUUGUAUAUUAGACACAACAUAAUAAUAUUUUUCAUGUAUCAUUUAAUAUAAAAUUUGACUAGUUAAGUCUUAAAAAAUUAUUGUAAUGUAUUCCAAUUCCGCACAUAUUUCUUCUGCAUAACUUCUUUCCAAUUGCAACUUUCAUCAGGAACAAGAAGAAUCUCAAGGAUGUUCGCUCAUCGGCUGCAUAAACAUACCAAGCUAUCUAUCUUCUCUCUAAUCACAUUCUCAGCCAUAAUAUUUCUUAUCCAUGCAGAUAGUAUUAUCUACCAUGAUUCGCUACACUCUAAGGCUAUUACAAGAGAACCAGAGAAGUUGCAAGUUCACAAUCCUAGCAGCAGAGAAGGAAUAAGUUUAAGACUUACCCACAUACCUUUACAUUCCAUUCAAGAGAAGGAUGAAGCUGAAACAAAUCAGAAUGCUCUAGUUGCUCCAUUGAAUGUCACAGAAGAAGAAAGAAUAACUUGGUUUCGAGAACACCUGCAUAAGUUCAAGAUUCUCAACUCAAGCAACUUGACCAGACAAUUUCAUGCUCGGGUUUUAGGAUUUUUCAGCCAAGAAUGUCAGGCUCAGUUUUUUAUGACUUGGAUUUCACCUGCAAGGUUAUUUGGAGGAAGAGAAUUGCUGUCUGUAGAAAGUGUUUUCAAGGUCCAUCCUAAGGCAUGUCUAAUAAUUCUAUCAAGAACUUUGGACACCAGACACGGCUACAGGAUCCUGAAACCACUGCUUGAUUGCGGGUUCAAAGUUCAGGCAGUGACCCCAGACUUGUCAUUUUUGUUUAAGAGGACACCCGCUGAAGCUUGGUUUCGUGAGUUAAGGAAAGGUAGAAAGGACCCUGGUGAGAUUUCUCUGUCUCAGAAUCUAUCUAAUUUAAUAAGACUUGCAGUUCUCUACAAAUAUGGUGGUGUCUACAUAGACACAGAUUUUAUAGUGCUAAAACCCUUAACAAGGUUAAGGAAUUCUAUUGGUGCACAAAGCAUGAAUUUGGGUUCCACACACUGGAGUAGAUUGAAUAAUGCUGUUUUGAUUUUUGAUAUGAGACAUCCACUUCUACACAGAUUCAUCAACGAGUUUGCAUUGACUUUUGAUGGAAACAAAUGGGGGCAUAAUGGCCCCUACUUGGUUUCCCGAGUGAUUAAGAGGCUGGGGAAAAAACAUGAUUUCAACCUCACAAUCUUGCCUCCUGUGGCCUUUUAUCCAGUGGAUUGGAAUAAGAUAAGUGGGCUCUUUAUGAAGCCAAAUACUCAGGGUGAAUCAAGAUGGGUAGAAGCUAAACUUCUUCAGCUUAGUGGGAAGACUUAUGGGGUUCAUCUAUGGAACAAACACAGUAGCAGAUUGACAAUUGAAGAAGGAAGUGUCAUAGGAAGACUAGUAUCAAAUCACUAUGUCAUUUGUAACCAUACAUAUAGUUCUUAGGUAAUAGUUUAUGACAUUAAAAAGGCAGGGAUUUCAUCACUUGGUAACCAUAUUAACCUGUUGAAGAUCAAGACUAUCAAGAAAAUAAUUUCUCUUUUGAAUACCAAAAUUUUACUCUUCCCACUGUAGAGGAAGCACUCUGAUUGUCGUAAACCAAAACUAACUCAACAAGAAGUGCAUGAAUUUUCUUUCAUGAUAUUGAUUUUAUAUCUUUACCAA